AUGCAGAACCUACAGAGCUCUCGAAUACCGCACCUCGCACACUCCCUCCUCUACAAACGAGCAGCUCCCCAGCAGCGCCUGAGACAGGCCUUCCGCACCUGCAACACCACCACCACCACCACCCAGCAUGUCUACAACACACACAGACAAGCCUCGACGGCCAUGAAGCGAUUUACACGCCGACGACCCACACCAAGCCAGGCAUACCCUUCAAACACCCCGAUCCCAACACCCACAUACCAGGCCCCUCAACGCCCACUCCCAGCAUGGCUACGACGGCUGUUCAUCUCGCAGUCCGGGUAUUUCUGGGGCGCGUCGGUGUUCGGAGUGGUCGUGGCGGCGUACCUGACCAUGACAUACAUCUCGUACGUGCGGGCGGCGGAGCGGUCCAAGACGCUCGACCUGGCGCAGAACGCCGACGUGUCGAGCCGGUGGCAGGACCUGUCGCGCGACUUUGACGACGAGGUCGAGAUGAGCGAGAAGCUGGCGCGCCUGCACAAGAAGCGCGCCAGGCUGUGCAGUCAGGCGUACGGCAACGUCCUCGAGGUCAGCUGUGGCACGGGCAGGAAUCUGCGCUUCUAUGAUCUCAGGCCCCUGCGUAUGCCGAAGGAGAUGCGGAUAAGGAGUCUGGUGUUCAACGACCAGAGUGAGAUUAUGGUGUAUCAGGCCCAGAAGAAAUAUGACAAGUUGCUGGAGGAGGCGGAGCCGAUCAAUCGCUACAAGGGGCCGGUCAAGUUUGUGGUCGGCGAUGGAGGGGAUCGGCGUGUCAUAUCCAGGCCCGAGGGCGGGUUCGAUGUCAUUGUCCAGACGAUGGGCAUCUGCAGCAUGUCGAAUCCCGUCGAGUUCCUCAAGCGUCUGGGGACUUUGGCCAGGCAGCCGGGAGAGAAGAGCACGGGGAUAGUCACAGGGGAUUCGGCAGCAGCAGCAGAGGAGAGCACGGAGGCGGUGACAGGCCCGGACUUUGGCGCGGUCCCUGUGGAUCAAGCUGAAGACACGACCAUGGAUAAAGGUGGCAAGAUCCUGCUGCUGGAGCAUGGCCGGUCGACGCUGGAAUUCGUCAAUGGCUACAUGGAUGAGAUCGCCAAGGAACACGCCGAUCGCUACGGUUGCUGGUUCAACAAGGAUAUCGAAUCCGUCGUCAAUGCAAGUGGCUUGGUCGUCGAGAGUAUGACCAGGUCUUCUUUUGGCACCGUCUAUGAAUAUGUCCUGCGGCCGGCGCCCGCCGUCAAGGUGGGAGAUCACGAUCACAAUCACAAUCACGAUCAGGAGAAGAAGAAGUGA